CUUCUUCCCUCCGCACGUUCGGGGUUCGCGGCGGAGCGCGGCGCGGGGGGGACGCGGAGAGCCUGGGCGCAGCAGCAUCCUGCGGGCGGCCGCUCUCCGGGGGGGAGGCUGAGAGCAGGCCCGCCUCGCCCCCCCGCGGGCCCGCCGCCCCUCCCUCCCUGUCCUCAGCCCGGCAGCGGCGGCGGCGGCGGCAGUGGCAGUCGCCGGAGAAGCAUCAUGCCGAGGAGGAAGCAGCAGGCGCCCCGGCGCGCAGCAGCCUAUGUUUCCGAAGAGUUAAAGGCUGCUGCCCUGGUGGACGAAGGUUUAGACCCAGAGGAACAUACGGCAGAUGGAGAGCCCUCGGCCAAGUACAUGUGCCCGGAGAAGGAGCUUGUCAGGGCCUGCCCCAGCUACCAGAACUCCCCGGCCGCCGAGUUUUCCUGCCACGAAAUGGACAGCGAGUCACACAUCAGUGAGACCAGUGACCGAAUGGCUGACUUUGAAAGCGGCUCCAUCAAGAACGAAGAGGAGACCAAGGAGGUCACGGUCCCACUGGAAGACACGACUGUGUCGGAUAGCCUGGAGCAGAUGAAGGCUGUGUACAACAACUUCCUCUCCAACUCCUACUGGUCCAACCUCAACCUCAACCUGCACCAGCCCUCCUCGGAGAAGAACAACGGCAGCAGCAGCAGCAGCAGUAGCAGCAGUAGCAGCUGUGGCAGCGGGAGCUUCGACUGGCACCAGAGCGCCAUGGCUAAGACGCUGCAGCAGGUGUCACAGAGCCGCAUGCUCCCGGAGCCCAGCCUCUUCAGCACCGUGCAGCUGUACCGGCAAAGCAGCAAGCUCUAUGGCUCCAUCUUCACGGGGGCCAGCAAGUUCCGCUGUAAGGACUGCAGCGCUGCCUACGACACCCUGGUGGAGUUGACGGUGCACAUGAACGAGACGGGGCAUUACCGCGACGACAACCAUGAGACCGAUAACAACAACCCCAAGCGCUGGUCCAAGCCUCGCAAACGUUCCUUGCUGGAAAUGGAAGGGAAGGAAGAUGCCCAGAAGGUGCUGAAGUGCAUGUACUGUGGCCACUCCUUUGAGUCCCUGCAGGAUUUGAGUGUCCAUAUGAUCAAAACAAAACACUACCAAAAAGUGCCUCUGAAGGAACCCGUCACUCCUGUCGCCGCCAAAAUCAUCCCUGCCACUCGGAAGAAAGCUUCCCUGGAGCUGGAGCUCCCCAGCUCCCCGGAUUCCACAGGUGGAACCCCCAAAGCCACCAUCUCAGACACCAACGAUGCACUUCAGAAGAACUCCAACCCUUACAUCACGCCAAAUAAUCGGUACGGCCACCAGAAUGGGGCCAGCUAUGCAUGGCACUUUGAGGCCCGGAAAUCGCAGAUCCUGAAGUGCAUGGAGUGUGGGAGCUCGCAUGACACCCUGCAGGAGCUCACUGCCCACAUGAUGGUCACUGGCCACUUCAUCAAGGUCACCAACUCUGCUAUGAAAAAGGGGAAGCCCAUUGUGGAGACGCCUGUCACACCUACCAUCACAACCCUGCUGGACGAGAAGGUCCAGUCCGUGCCCCUGGCAGCCACCACCUUCACGUCCCCCUCCAAUACACCUGCCAGCAUCUCCCCAAAACUGAAUGUGGAGGUCAAGAAGGAAGUCGACAAGGAGAAAGCGGUCACUGACGAGAAACCUAAGCAAAAAGACAAGCCUGGCGAAGAAGAGGAGAAGUGUGACAUCUCUUCCAAAUACCAUUACUUGACUGAAAAUGACUUAGAAGAGAGUCCCAAGGGGGGGCUCGAUAUCCUCAAAUCCUUGGAAAACACAGUGACAUCCGCAAUCAACAAGGCCCAGAACGGCACUCCUAGCUGGGGGGGCUAUCCCAGCAUCCAUGCCGCCUACCAACUUCCCAACAUGAUGAAGUUGUCCCUGGGCUCGUCGGGAAAGAGCACGCCCCUGAAACCCAUGUUUGGCAACAGUGAGAUUGUCUCCCCGACGAAAAACCAGACCCUGGUCUCUCCACCCAGCAGCCAGACGUCCCCCAUGCCCAAGACAAACUUUCAUGCCAUGGAGGAGCUGGUGAAAAAGGUCACUGAGAAAGUUGCCAAAGUGGAGGAGAAGAUGAAGGAGCCGGAUGGGAAGCUUUCCCCGCCCAAGCGGGCCACUCCCUCCCCAUGUAGCAGCGAAGUCGGGGAACCCAUCAAGAUGGAGGCGUCCAGCGAUGGGGGCUUCCGCAGCCAGGAGAACAGCCCCAGCCCCCCGCGGGAUGGGUGCAAGGAUGGGAGCCCCCUCGCUGAGCCGGUGGAGAAUGGCAAGGAGCUGGUGAAGCCCCUAGCCAGCAGUUUGAGUGGCAGCACGGCCAUCAUCACCGACCACCCACCUGAACAGCCUUUUGUUAACCCUUUGAGCGCCCUGCAGUCAGUCAUGAACAUUCACCUGGGCAAGGCCGCCAAGCCCUCCCUGCCUGCCCUGGACCCCAUGAGCAUGCUUUUCAAGAUGAGCAACAGCCUGGCGGAGAAGGCCGCUGUGGCCACCCCGCCGCCCCUGCAGUCCAAGAAGGCAGACCACCUCGACCGCUAUUUCUACCACGUCAACAACGACCAGCCCAUAGACUUGACAAAAGGGAAGAGUGACAAAGGCUGCUCCUUGGGUUCAGUGCUUCUGUCACCCACGUCCACAGCCCCGGCAACCUCCUCAUCCACGGUGACAACGGCAAAGACAUCUGCCGUCGUAUCAUUCAUGUCAAACUCGCCGCUACGCGAGAAUGCCUUGUCAGAUAUAUCCGAUAUGCUGAAGAACUUGACAGAGAGCCACACGUCAAAAUCCUCCACUCCUUCCAGCAUCUCCGAGAAGUCUGACAUUGACGGGGCCACUCUGGAGGAGGCUGAGGAGUCGACGCCUGCCCAGAAGAGGAAGGGCCGCCAGUCAAACUGGAACCCCCAGCACCUCCUGAUCCUCCAGGCCCAGUUUGCCGCCAGCCUCCGGCAGACCUCAGAAGGGAAGUACAUCAUGUCAGACCUGAGCCCCCAGGAGCGGAUGCAUAUCUCCAGGUUCACCGGGCUGUCCAUGACCACCAUCAGCCACUGGCUGGCCAACGUGAAAUACCAGCUUCGAAGGACAGGUGGAACAAAGUUCCUCAAAAACUUGGACACUGGCCACCCCGUCUUCUUUUGUAACGACUGCGCAUCCCAAAUCAGGACUCCUUCCACGUACAUCAGUCACCUAGAGUCACACUUAGGCUUCCGGCUACGGGACUUAUCCAAACUGUCCACCGAACAGAUUAACAGUCAGAUAGCACAAACCAAGUCACCGUCAGAAAAAAUGGUGACGUCCUCCCCCGAGGAGGACCUGGGGACCUCCUAUCAGUGCAAACUUUGCAAUCGGACCUUUGCCAGCAAGCACGCUGUUAAACUUCACCUUAGCAAAACACACGGGAAAUCUCCGGAAGACCACCUUCUGUAUGUCUCUGAGUUAGAGAAGCAGUAGCAUUUGCUUUUGAUAGAAAGGACUGCAGUUUGCUUUGAGGGAAACUGUGGAAGGCACCUUCAGGCCCCCUCUGACUUGUUGUUCUUGGCACAUGUUCUUACUUUAACUGCAGAGAAUCACUCUGGGCUGGACUGUUUUGUAUAACUGUACAGUGUUUAAUAGAGGUGCAUAAUCAGCUGUUGUUACUGGUAAAAUAUGAAGGUUAAAAUGCAGUGGUAAGUGUUUGGAACUUUGUGUAAACGGGAUUUAGUUGUGAGCAUCUUCCCGAUGCUUCAAGCUGCAUGCAUUAACAGACAGUUUAAUUAAGCAUUUAUAACGGAAUCAGGCACACUUUUUCCACGAGACUCGAGUGUGCUGGCAUUUCUCACCCUUUCAUCUUUAGCCCUCUGAGUACUUUGAAGCACUUUUGCAUUAAUUUGGUUAAAAAAUAAAAUAAAAUAAUAAUAAUGUAUGAAGCUCUGUUUUUUAAACUCCUUACCAGCUUAGUUAUAAUGAAUAAUAUGAACCUCCAUUUAUGCAGGUCUGCAGGGGUAUAACACGCCUUGAAAUUUAAAAGAAUAUUAUUUUCACAUUGAAACAUAGAUGUAUAUAUUGUAUAGAUUUCAGACUCUCUUAUGAAAAAAAUGUGAUUGUGGUUAAAUGACCUUUUUCUUGCAUUUAUAGCAACAGUGUUUUAUGCACCUGCUAUGCUCUGGGCAUAAGCUGUGCCUAUGUAUAGUGUAUAUUUCUUUUUUUCUUUUUUUAAGGUCUAUGGGUUUUGUUUUUUACAUGCAAACAUUGUAAAUUAUACAGAAGAUACCACAGAUAGCAUUUAUAAAGUAUACAGAAACAUUAUCUGAAAGCAAAGUAUGAUAGUUUGUUUUGCUAUACAGUACAUCUAUAUUGAUAGAGGUUCAUGUUUAAAUUAUACAUAUUUAUUAGCAUCAUAUUGUCAUUUGUUUUGAGCAGUCUGAAUAAAUGAGACCGGGAAAGACAUCCCUGGCAGGCAUCAGAACUAUUUUGCACAUGAUUUUUAAAGGUAUUUAUUAGAAAUCAAAGAACACUCAAAAUAAACUCAGUGCUCAAAGGGUUAAGUCUAUUUGAAAAGGUUAAAAAAAAGAACAAAAAAAAAAAGAACUUGUACUGUAUUUCCUAAACAUUGAUAAAGCCUUUAAAAUGUUUGUACUGUAAUACUUUGCUUAAAAGUCAUGAGGCAUUCUGUGAUCCAACCUCUUUCACUUAUUUAUAAGCCCUCUUGGUUGCUAUUCCAUAUUGUAGGAUGCCUUUCUAUUUCAAUUGGUAACUUUCUGUUUUGUUCUUCCUAAUUAUUCUCCCAAGAUCCCACACUGCAGCUUUAUCUUUAGGCUUAUGAAAGGUAACCCGUGGUUACCGGCUCUCCAAGUGAUUCUGUUCUCCUCCAUUUUUGGCAGUUAAUUUGCAGAAGUAACUGACAGCUGACACCAUAUGAGAACCUUUGUAUAAAAUAUUGGCAUGUAAACAGCACAGACACCGUAACACACUCUGUGCCCUGUUUGGUUGUUGACAAUGAAGCACCAUUAUGUGACUCUUCAUAUAACCCUUUUUUCUACGGCAGCAUUAAAAUUGUCUUUUUGCUAUAA